GUUGGUGGGAUCCCUCAAACGUUAGUGGAAAGUUGGAAACCUCACCCGCCCGCCACUACCACCAAUUCCUCACCAUCAUCCCCUCCACCCUUUUUCCCAUUUUCGCAAUUUCAAAUUCCAACGCUUUAUCGCUUCCCCAGAUAUCCCCAAAUUCGUUUCCUCAAUUCAUUUCUCUGUUCGAAUUGGAGAGACACGAUGGUGAAUCCGGAGGAGAAUUCCAAUUGGCUAGUCGAUUACGGCGUCAUAGAAAACAUCCCCGUCCCCGGCGGCGACUUGCCCUCGCUCGAACCGGGUUUCGAUUGGUGCCCCGACGCCCUCGCCGGCUCGACCGGCCUCAGUGUGGAUUUUGCAGACUCAUUUGGGAAUUUGGACGGUAUUAAGGAAUGUGGCUCCAGAAAGAGGAUGAGGCCCGAAUCAUGCAGUUCAUCUGAUUCCAAAGCAUGUAGGGAGAAAAUGCGAAGGGAUAGGCUGAAUGAAAGGUUCCUAGAGUUAAGCUUGAUCCUGGAGCCGGGAAGGAAACCCAAAGUGGACAAGGCUGUUAUAUUGAGUGAUGCUGUUCAGACAUUGACGCAGCUAAGGGAUGAGGCCCAGAAACUCAAGGAGUCAAGCGAUAGUUUGCAGGAGAAGAUUAAUGAACUGAAGGCUGAGAAAAACGAACUUCGUGAUGAGAAGCAGAAGCUGAAAGUGGAGAAAGAGAAACUUGAGCAGCAAUUAAAAGCCAUGAGCUCACAACCUGCCUUCUUCCCUUACCCUUCUGGAAUUCCUACUCCAUUUGGGGCUCCAGGCCAAGUUGUUGGGAGCAAACUGGUGCCCUUCAUGGGCUACCCUGGAGUUCCAAUGUGGCAGUUCAUGCCACCAACUGCGGUCGAUACCUCAGAGGAUCAUACUCUCCGCCCUCCAGUCGCUUAAUUUGUGUAGCUUUCUUCGCAAUGAGUAUUCUUUCGUGAAGCUGUAAGAUUAGAGCAGUUAGUGAAUGGUGUUGAGAAUAGUAUCACACCUUAUUUUUGUUUUGCUUAUCAACCUAUGAACUCCUGGUUUUGAAGAUCUAGUCAUUUGAUUUCUUUUUA